AUGACAAAAGGAAAUAUGCAGGAACAAAAAGCUAUUACUGGUGGUGAAGUUAUCGAGCAAUGGAUUACUACCAAAGAUGGAGUCCCUAUGUAUACAAAGACUUGGAAGGCAAUUUCUUCUCGCCCAAUCGCGACGGUAGUUUUUAUUCAUGGAAUUUCAGAACACGUUAAUCGUUAUGAUUAUGUAUUUUCCAAAUUUUCCAAUAAGAAUAUUGAAGUAUUUGCUCAUGAUCAACGAGGAUUUGGACAAACUGCAGUUCGAAAUAAUAAUCCAGGAGAACCGGGGAGUUGGGAUGUGGCCUUAAAUGAUAUCAAUGAUGUCAUAAUAGCUCAGAGAAAACCGGGAAUUCCUCAAUUUUUGAUGGGUCAUAGUAUGGGUGGCAGUUUAGGAUUGCAUUACGCCAGUUAUGGACCGGAAAAGGAUAAUUUGGCCGGUUUCGUCAUUAGUGUUCCAUCCGUUACACUUAUUAGUGCAUUAGCUAAAGUGGCUAAUUUUUUAAAUAUGAUUAUACCAAAUUAUCACAUAUCACUUCCUCUACAUCCCAAAUAUAUGACUCAUGACCCAGAGAUGCAAAAACAACUUCGUGAAGAUCCAUUGAUUUUUAAAACUGUUUCCAUAAACACAAUUGCAACCGUGAUACUCGAGGGAAAAGCAUUACUAGAAAGUAAAUACGUAAGCAUAACUUCACCAAUUUACAUUUGUCAUGGAUCAGAUGAUCCGGUUAUUUUCCAAGAAUCUUCAAAAGAAUUAUAUGAAAAGAUCCCUUCUCAAGAUAAAACUUAUCGUUUAUGGCCAGGACUUUAUCAUGAACCUCAUAACGAAUUUGAAAAGGAUCAGGUCAUCGAUGAUUACCUCCAAUGGAUUCUUGCUCGUGUGAAAGAAUGA